AUGGCGAGCGUUAAAGGAGAGGAAGUAGUGAGCAACAAGCAGGUGAUAUUCAGGGACUAUGUCACUGGUUUUCCAAAGGAAUCGGACAUGUACGUCACCACUAGUACCAUCAAAUUGAAGGUCCCCGAAGGUUCCAAUGCCGUUCUGGUGAAAAACCUCUACUUGUCCUGCGACCCCGUCAUGCGAAUUCGGAUGCCACGAGUCCAUCUUAGCGGGUUCAAUUUUUACACCCCUGGCUCUCCAUUAACUGGGUAUGGAGUGGCUAAAGUUUUGGAUUCUGGGCACCCAGACUUUAAGGCAGGUGACUUAAUUUGGGGGACUACUGGAUGGGAGGAGUACAGCCUAAUCACUGCAACCGAAAGCCUGCAUAAGAUCCAGCACACUGAUGUACCCCUUUCCUACUAUACUGGACUUCUUGGUAUGCCUGGUAUGACUGCUUAUGCUGGUUUCUAUGAAGUUUGUUCUCCUAAGAAAGGAGAAUAUGUCUUCAUUUCCGCAGCAUCUGGCGCAGUUGGUCAGCUUGUUGGACAAUUCGCCAAAAUGUUUGGUUGUUAUGUUGUAGGAAGUGCUGGGAGUAAAGAAAAGGUUGAUCUAUUGAAGAAUAAGUUUGGUUUUGACAAUGCUUUCAACUAUAAGGAAGAGCAUGACUUGGAUGCAGCGUUGAAAAGGUACUUACCAGAAGGCAUUGACAUUUACUUUGAGAAUGUUGGGGGUAAAACACUUGAUGCAGUGCUCCUAAAUAUGAGAGUCCAUGGCCGCAUUGCUGUUUGUGGAAUGAUUUCACAGUACAAUCUUGAUCAGCCUGAAGGCGUGAAAAAUUUGAUGAGUCUCGUAUACAAGCGAAUCCACAUGCAAGGAUUUACAGUUCAUGAUUACUAUCAUCUCUAUACGAAGUUCUUAGACACUGUAUUGCCUUACAUCAGAGAAGGGAAAAUAGUGUAUGUGGAAGACAUAGCUGAAGGCCUUGAGAGCGGUCCAGCUGCUCUGGUUGGACUUUUUAGUGGUCGCAAUGUUGGCAAACAAGUAGUUUUAGUUGCUCGCGAAUAGUUUAGGCCCGUCUUUUAUACCUAGUAUGUGCCGUUGUUGGGAGUUUGUAUAGUACUACUGUGUGUAGUAUCUUCCUAUGUUGGUUGCUUAAGAUGUAUUUGACUGUUGGGGCCAAAUAAUGUUUUGGAGUGCAAAACGGUGCAGGCAAUUCCAAUAGAGGAUGAGUCUGUACUCUGGAAAAGAUGGAAAUAAAGUGAAUUUGUCUUGUUGCA